AUGUCAAAUAAACGAGCUGCACCUCAAGGUGGCAACCGAAAGAAGAGAAAUAAGACAUAUCACUGCGCUAAAGAAGCUUCUGGUUCAAAAGCCAAAAACGCUUUUAACCUUUUACCCGGAAUGAAGGGUGUCCUUGUCGCUUGUACUCGUGGUAAGGAAAGUAGAGCAGUAAAAGAAGCAAUGGACGUGUUGAAUGAGUAUGCAGAUAGAUUGUAUCCAAAAGAAGAGAAGGAAGAAAAAGAAGAAGAUGACAUUGAAGCGUCAAUUGCUAAAGAAGUGGCAGAAAUUAAAGACAGUUCAUCAGAUAAAAAAAGAUUUGCUAAUAUCACAACAGGAACAGAUUGCUUGGUGUUCAUUCGUGCAACAGAUCCUGUGGAACCCGUCAAUUUGAUUCAUACCAUGCUGACAGAUAUGCAUGAAAAGCAGUUGAAAAAAACGAGAUAUAUAUCAAGAUAUCUUCCUAUACAAAAGACGUGUCAUGCUAAUCUACCAGAGAUCAUAAACAAUGGUAAACAGCUAUUUCCUCCUUACUUUGAGCAAAAAGAUGAUGAAGGCAAGCUGAUAACCAAGAAGUUCGCUAUUGUAUGUAGAAUACGUAAUUGUAACAAGUUAAGCAGCAAGGAUGUGAUAAUGGCAUUAGCAGCAACUGUGCCCGAAGGACAUAAAGUUGAUUUAGAAAACCCAGAUUAUACAAUCAUUGUCGAAGUCUGUCAGACAAUAGCAAUGGUAUCUAUUGUACAUGAUUUUCAUAAACUAAAGAAAUACAAUAUCGAGAGUCUUUUGGGCUUAAAUGAUGCCAAGCAAGAACAAUAA